GGGAAGCUGAGGGGGAAAAUAAAAAAGGGAAAACGAGAGAUUUUCCCGCUGUUCGAUCCAUGGCGACGUCCUAUACGUCUCUAUAAAUCCAAGCAUCUCGGGAUCCUCUCUGCGCGCUCGAGCAUCUGGCCUCCCUGGUCGUCGGCAAAUGCUGCACGCCUAGGCCACGCCGGCCGUUUUCCCUCCGGCGUCCGUCGUCUUCCCGGAGGCGCUGUCCUCGGUUACGCUCUGGUGCAGGAGCCAGGGCUUCUUAGGGCUUUACGUUCACCUCUCAGUUGGUUUACUCGAAAGGAUCGCGGAAUCGUAUUUAUACAGUAGCCCUUUCUCUUCUGACUCAUAGUCAGGCAGGAUGUCUGAUUUGGAGAAGCCUCUGCGCCCAAAGAGAAAGAAGAAUUGGGUGGAUUUCCUUGUCAAGUUCCGAUGGAUCAUUGUUAUCUUUGUUGUGCUCCCCUUUUCCGUUUUGUUCUACUUCAGCAUCUAUGUUGGAGAUCUAUGUUCAUCGAUGAAGUCAUACAAACGCCGUCAAAAGGAGCAUGAUGAAAAUGUGAAGAAAGUGAUUAAUCGCCUGAAGCAGAGGAAUCCAUCGAAGGAUGGACUUGUGUGCACUGCUAGGAAGCCAUGGAUUGCAGUUGGCAUGAGAAAUGUUGAUUACAAACGUGCUCGGCAUUUUGAGGUUGAUCUCUCUGCGUUUAGAAACAUUCUUGACAUCGACAAGGAAAGGAUGAUAGCACGUGUUGAGCCCCUGGUCAAUAUGGGUCAGAUUACAAGGGAGACCGUCCCCAUGAACCUUGCGCUAGCUGUAGUUGCCGAACUCGAUGAUCUCACAGUUGGGGGCCUUAUCAAUGGGUACGGCAUUGAAGGAAGCUCACAUAUUUAUGGCCUCUUUUCCGAUACAGUUGUUGCUUACGAAAUUGUGUUAUCUGAUGGGCGAUUAGUCAGGGCUACAAGAGAUAAUGAGCACUCUGAUCUUUUCUAUGCAAUUCCAUGGUCUCAAGGAACACUCGGCCUCCUUGUUGCUGCAGAAAUUAAGCUCAUACCGAUCAAGGAAUACAUGAAGCUGACGUAUAAGCCAGUUGUGGGAAAUCUGCGUGAGCUUGCUCAGGCAUACGCUGAUUCUUUUUGUCCGAGAGAUGGGGAUCAGGACAAUCCUGAGAAAGUUCCCGAUUUUGUUGAAGGCAUGAUCUAUACCCCUACUGAAGGUGUGUUCAUGACUGGAAGGUAUGCUUCUAAAGAGGAAGCAAAGAAGAAGGGUAAUAAGAUUAAUUGCGUCGGAUGGUGGUUUAAGCCAUGGUUUUAUCAGCAUGCUCAAACAGCUUUAAAGAGGGGCGAGUUUGUGGAGUAUAUCCCCACCAGAGAAUACUAUCACAGGCACACUCGAUGUUUAUAUUGGGAAGGGAAGCUCAUCCUUCCAUUUGCCGAUCAGUGCUGGUUCAGAUGGCUUCUUGGAUGGCUGAUGCCGCCCAAGGUUUCACUUCUCAAGGCUACUCAAGGGGAAGCUAUUAGGAACUAUUACCAUGAAAUGCAUGUCAUUCAGGAUUUGUUAGUGCCCCUGUACAAAGUUGGGGAUGCGCUUGAGUACGUUCACGAGGAGAUGGAGGUGUAUCCGUUAUGGCUGUGCCCUCACAGGCUUUUCAAGCUUCCAAUGAAGACCAUGAUCUAUACAGAGCACGGGUUUGAACACCAUCGCAGGCAAGGAGACACCGACUAUGCUCAGAUGUUCACGGACGUGGGUGUGUACUAUGCACCUGGGCCUGUAUUGAGAGGGGAAGUGUUUGAUGGCGCGGAAGCAGUGCGUCGCCUGGAGUUAUGGCUGAUUGAGAACCACAGCUUCCAGCCGCAGUACGCUGUCAGCGAGCUCACUGAGAAGAAUUUUUGGCGAAUGUUUGAUGCCUCACAUUAUGAAUAUUGCCGGAGGAAGUAUGGAGCUGUUGGCACCUUCAUGAGUGUGUAUUACAAGAGCAAGAAGGGGAGAAAGACUGAAAAGGAAGUUCAGGAGGCGGAGCAGCAGCAGUUGGAGACCCCGUAUGCCGAGAUUGACCAGCCGGCUGCCUGAUUGUUUUCCCCUGGUAAGGGGAGAGCAGCAUGAGUUUGCUGUUCGAGCUUUCAUCCUCUUAAUUAGAUUGAUCUGCCUUUGCUUUUCUAGUCGGCUUUCUUCUUUCCUACUUUUUCUGUACCUGUUUGAGUUCCACUUUGAGGCUUCUAGGUUAUCUUCUGCUUUUAGCUGUUCAGACUUGAACGCCAUCGUGGAUGAAGAACUUUAUCUCUUUCUGGUC